UGUUCAUUGUCACCGUCAACGACAGCGACAGCCUCUUUACAGAGUUACAGAGGAGGAGCAAUGAGUGCUACGAGUUGCUUCUGCAAAAUAAGUAUAAUUAAAUUCUGACAUUACCGUAAAAGCAGAAAGAACUCGAUGGUUUAAUUUUUUAUCAUCCGUGUAUUUAUUAUUAAAUAGUUAAAUAAAGAAGUAGGUGUAGUUCAUAAAUAAGUGCAUAUAAUUUUAAGAAGUUAUCAUAACGAGACAGGAAUUUAAGAGCAAGCCACAAUGGGUGAUUCACUGGAUGGGUCUGGUGAGCCCACGCCAGAUUCCCAGAUAAUAGCAACCGUUGACUUUACGUCUUUCACUAAUUUUCUACGCAAAAUAAUAACAGUAUUGGCACCUGAAGAAGAUGGUGUACCACAGGCUUUUGUAGCAGCACUUGAUGACAAGAGCCAUCAAGACUAUAUACGUAAAUUUAUAAGCGAUUUUCAAGUAUGGGCACUUUGUAUUCAGCGCAGCUCAACAAAAGAUGAAGACGGAAGUGGUGAAGGUGAUGAUGACCGCGACAGCACGUAUUAUAUAUCAACGGAAAUAUAUUUUACGAACCCUAAAAUGUCUACCCUGGUGCUAACUAAACGAGGUGCUGUCAUAGAAGCUGAUAAAUCGAUAUCCUCCCAAGUGAGAAUUGUUAAUUUUUCUGAUGGACCACCGUACGAAACUCUCCACGCUAUCAGUAAGACGAUGGCACCCUUUUUCAAGAGCUACGUCAAAGAAACCGGACGUGUUGAUCGAGAUGGAGAUAAAAUGGCUCCGUCGGUUGAAAAAAAAAUCGCUGAGCUAGAAAUGGGACUUUUGCAUCUGCAACAGAAUAUUGAUAUUCCCGAAAUAUCGUUGCCGGUUCACCAGGUCGUGAUGCAGGUGAUAAAACAGUGUGCUGACGAAGGCAGGAAACCAAAAGUCGCGGACUUUGGUGACAAGGUCGAGGACUCAACGUUCCUGAACCAGUUGCAGAAUGGCGUUAAUCGGUGGAUCAAAGAGAUACAGAAAGUAACAAAGUUGAAUCGUGACCCAGAGUCAGGUACUGCUUUGCAAGAAAUAUCUUUCUGGCUGAAUUUAGAACGGGCAUUGCAUCGCAUACAGGAAAAACGUGAGAGCACUGAAGUUACAUUGACUCUAGACAUUCUCAAACACGGUAAACGUUUUCAUGCGACAGUAAGUUUUGACACUGAUACCGGACUGAAGCAAGCCUUGGCGACCGUAAACGAUUACAAUCCUCUGAUGAAAGAUUUUCCUAUAAAUGAUUUACUGUCAGCAACAGAGUUAGAACGCAUACGAGCAGCUGUUCAGCAGAUAUUUUUGCACAUGCGUAAAAUACGUAAUACUAAGUACCCAAUACAGCGUGUAUUACGUCUAGUUGAAGCGAUUUCGCGUGACUUGAGUCAGCAGUUACUCAAAGUAUUGGGCACACGUCGUUUGAUGCACAUUCCAUUUGAUGAGUUCGAGAAAGUAAUGACCCAGUGCUUCGAAGUAUUCAAUACCUGGGACGACGAAUACGACAAACUAACGGGACUGCUCCGUGAUUUUGUUAAAAAGAAACGCGAUGAGCAUAUGAAGAUGGUCUGGAGAGUAUCCCCAGCUCACAAAAAACUCCAAACACGUAUGGAGCAGAUGCGCAGAUUUAGAAGACAGCAUGAGCAACUGCGUACAGUAAUUGUUCGUGUACUGAGACCUACAGUGCGCCAGAAUAGCAACAACUCUGCUAGUAAUAUUGACAAUCAGGACAAUGAUAAUGUUAAGGUUGAAUUCGCUCUUGAUGCUGCUGAUGCGAAUGCUAUCGGGGAAGUUAAUUUGGCUUACGAGAAUGUCAAAGAAGUUGAUUGUCUGGAUAUCACUAAAGAAGGUCUUGAGUCAUGGGAAGCUGCAGUUCAUCGGUAUGAAGAGCGAAUUGAACGCGUCGAAGCACGAAUCACAGCUCAUCUACGUGACCAGCUGGGAACCGCCAAAAAUGCUAAUGAAAUGUUUAGAAUAUUUUCACGCUUCAACGCUCUGUUUGUAAGACCGCAUAUACGCGGGGCUAUUCGCGAGUACCAGACCCAGCUGAUUCAGCGCGUCAAGGAUGACAUCGAGGCGCUCCAUGAGAAAUUCAAAGUACAAUAUCCGCAGAGCAAGUGCUGCAAGAUGAGCAUGGUCAGAGACAUUCCACCGGUCUCGGGGUCUAUUAUUUGGGUCAAGCAGAUUGAUUACCAGCUGACGAUGUAUCUUAAGCGCGUCGAAGACGUUCUGGGCAAAGGCUGGGAGAGCCACAUUGAAGGACAAAAGCUCAAAGCCGACGGAGACUCCUUCAGACUAAAGUUGUCCACGCAAGAAAUAUUUGACGAGUGGGCGCGCAAAGUUCAGCAGAGAAAUAUUGGAGUUACCGGAAGGAUUUUCACCAUCGAUACUGUCAGGUCCCGUUCUGGACGUGGUAAUGUCUUGAAGUUGAAAGUAAACUUCCUGCCGGAGAUCAUCAUGUUGUCUAAGGAGGUGAGGAACCUUAAGAAUCUCGGGUUCCGCGUCCCGCUAGCGAUUGUCAACAAAGCUCACCAAGCCAACCAGCUGUACCCAUUCGCUAUCAGUCUUAUCGAAAGUAUCAGGACUUACGAGAGAACUCUGGAAAAAAUUGAAGACAAAGCGAGUAUUAUUCCACUAGUUGCUGGCAUGCGCAAAGAUGUUCUUUCUUUAUUCUCUGAGGGAAUAGCAUUAGUAUGGGAAAGCUACAAGUUGGAUCCAUACGUCCAGCGUUUGUCGGACAUAGUGGUCCAGUUUCAAGAAAAAGUCGACGAUCUUCUGGUAGUCGAAGAGCAGUUGGACGUCGAUGUAAGAUCUCUCGAAACCUGUCCAUACUCAGCGAACACAUUCGCGGACAUUCUAGCAAAAAUCCAAAAGUCCGUCGACGAGUUGUCAUUGAAGAACUACUCGAACUUGCACAUCUGGGUGGCCAGGUUGGACGAAGAAGUAGAAAAAAAUCUAGCAGCGCGACUAGAAGCCGGUAUAAAAGCCUGGACAGAUGCUCUGAUGGGUCAAAAGAAAGAAGUUGACUUGAGUAUGGACACUGACGCACCAGCAAAACCAACUCAUAAACCCGGUGGCGAUCCCAAAAUACAGAACCAGAUCCACGAAGUGCGAAUCACAAACCAGACUAUGUAUCUCUAUCCCAGUAUUGAAGACGCGCGGUUCCAAAUAAUGCAGCAGCUGUUCGCGUGGCAAGCGAUCGUCACUUCACAAGUCCGUCUGCAGAGUUCACGUUAUCAAGUGGGACUCGAUAAACCAGAGUCCGGGACCUACAGGAACCUUCUGACGAAGCUGCCCGCUGGAAAGCAACCACUGGAAGCUGCUUAUGAAUCCAUUGAGUCGAAAAUAAAAGACGUGGCCGAGUAUGUUGACCAGUGGCUGCGUUACCAAGCACUCUGGGACCUUCAGCCGGACAAUCUAUACGGUAAACUUGGCGACGAUAUUAAUUUAUGGAUGAAGUGCUUAAAUGACAUCAAGAAAACGCGCACGACAUUCGACACAUCGGACACGCGUCGCGAAUUCGGUCCUGUCAUAAUCGACUUCGCCAAAGUGCAGAGCAAAGUGUCAUUGAAAUAUGACUCAUGGCACAAAGAAACUCUAGGUAAAUUCGGAGCCCUUCUAGGCAAUGAAAUGACCAGUUUCCAUGCUCAGGUCUCCAAGUCACGGAGCGAUUUGGAGCAACAGUCAAUAGAAGCCGCCAGCACCACAGACGCAGUAGGUUUCAUUACUUAUGUCCAGUCAUUGAAACGCAAGAUGAAGGUCUGGGAAAAACAAGUCGAUAUUUACCGUGAGGGACAGCGCAUUCUUGAACGUCAACGGUUCCAAUUUCCCUCCUCAUGGCUGCACGUUGAUAACAUCGAGGGCGAAUGGGGCGCAUUCAAUGAAAUAAUAAAACGCAAAGACUUGAGUAUACAGACUCAAGUCGCUUCACUCCAGAUGAAAAUAGUUGCCGAAGAUAAAGCCGUCGAGACACGUACCACUGAUUUUCUGGGUGAUUGGGAACGUGGCAAACCAGUGGAAGGUCACUUGAGACCAGAUGAAGCGCUCCAACAGCUUCAGAUGUUUGAAAGUAAAUUUGCACGUCUCAAGGAAGAACGUGAUAACGUUGCCAAAGCUAAAGAAGCACUUGAAUUACAAGAACCCGGUGGAGUAUCGAGUACCAGUGAGGACAGAAUGCAAGUCGUGUUUGAAGAAUUACAAGACUUGCGAGGUGUUUGGUCCGAGUUGUCCCGUAUAUGGGCGCAGAUUGACGAAACUAGAGAAAAACCCUGGCUGUCUGUGCAGCCACGUAAGUUACGUCAGCAGCUCGACACCAUGAUGGCACAAUUGAAAGAACUGCCCGCUAGAUUACGUCAGUAUUCAUCGUACGAGUACGUUAAAAAAAUGCUGCACAAUUACACAAAAGUAAACAUGUUGAUUGUCGAAUUGAAAUCCGAUGCAUUGAAAGAACGACACUGGAAACAAUUGACCAAACAGCUCCGCGUUAAUUGGAUCCUGAGUGAGUUGACCCUGGGUCAGGUUUGGGACGUAAAUUUGCAGAAGAACGAGAGCAUUGUCAAAGACAUUAUUCUAGUUGCGCAGGGAGAAAUGGCGCUCGAGGAAUUCUUGAAACAAGUGCGCGAGUCCUGGCAAACUUAUGAGCUGGAUCUGAUUAAUUAUCAAAGUAAAUGUAGACUGAUAAGAGGCUGGGAUGAUUUGUUUAACAAAGUCAAAGAACAUAUUAAUUCAGUGGCUGCUAUGAAGCUCUCCCCUUACUACAAAGUCUUUGAAGAGGAAGCCCUGACGUGGGAAGAGAAAUUGAACCGCAUCAACGCACUGUUCGAUGUAUGGAUUGACGUGCAAAGACGAUGGGUUUAUCUGGAAGGUAUUUUUUCAGGCAGCGCUGAUAUUAAAACCUUGUUACCCGUUGAGACCUCGCGUUUCCAGAGCAUAAGCUCGGAAUUUCUGGGCUUGAUGAAAAAAGUAUCUAAAUCCCCGAUGGUAAUGGACGUUUUGAACAUUCCCGGAGUACAGAGAGCGCUAGAACGUUUAGCGGAUCUACUGGGCAAGAUACAGAAAGCACUUGGUGAAUAUCUAGAACGAGAACGUACCUCGUUUCCCCGGUUUUACUUUGUCGGUGAUGAAGAUCUGCUUGAAAUAAUUGGCAACAGCAAGAAUGUCGCGCGUCUGCAGAAACAUUUCAAAAAAAUGUUCGCUGGGGUCGCGGCUAUUUUACUGAACGAGGACAACACAGUGAUUACGGGAAUAGCGUCACGUGAAGGCGAGGAAGUGAGCUUCCAGACUCCGGUGUCGACAAUCGAGCAUCCUAAGAUAAACGAGUGGCUGACGCUGGUCGAGAAAGAAAUGCGAGUCACUCUGGCAUCGUCACUGGCCAAAGCUGUGUCCGAUAUAAAACAGUUCAAAGACGGCAACAUCAACGCCAAUGCUUUUAUGACCUGGUGCGACAACUACCAAGCACAGAUAGUUGUACUAGCUGCCCAAAUACUCUGGUCUGAGGACGUAGAAGCAGCGUUACACGAGGCCCAAUCCCAGCCAAGUGAUAAAAAUCCUAUGGAGCGGGUACUGAACCAAGUUGAGGGAACUCUUAAUGUCCUCGCUGACUCUGUUCUUCAGGAGCAACCAGCACUUAGGCGUAAAAAAUUGGAGCAUCUGAUUAACGAGUUCGUUCAUAAACGUACGGUGACACGUCGUUUGAUUGCCAACAAAGUGUCCAACCCUAAAGCAUUCGAGUGGUUGUGCGAAAUGAGAUUCUACUUCGACCCCCGUCAGACGGAAGUGCUGCAGCAGCUGACUAUACACAUGGCCAAUGCUAAAUUUUUCUACGGAUUCGAGUACUUGGGUGUCCAAGACCGCCUGGUGCAGACACCGCUUACUGAUCGUUGUUACUUGACAAUGACUCAGGCUUUAGAGGCUCGACUCGGUGGUUCUCCCUUCGGUCCAGCCGGUACCGGUAAGACGGAGUCAGUCAAAGCACUGGGACAUCAGCUGGGUAGAUUCGUUUUAGUGUUUAACUGCGACGAGACCUUUGAUUUCCAAGCAAUGGGACGUAUUUUUGUUGGUCUUUGUCAAGUUGGCGCUUGGGGUUGCUUCGACGAAUUCAAUCGUCUUGAAGAACGAAUGCUGUCCGCGGUAUCGCAGCAGGUACAGACGAUCCAGGAAGCUCUCAAGAGUCAAAUGGAAGGAACGAAAAAAGAAGCGACAACUUUGUGCGUCGAGCUAGUCGGCAAACAAGUAAAAGUAUCAACAGACAUGGCAAUAUUUAUUACCAUGAAUCCAGGGUAUGCUGGACGUUCUAAUCUGCCAGAUAAUUUGAAAAAAUUAUUCCGAUCGUUGGCCAUGACGACACCCGAUCGUCAAUUAAUUGCCGAAGUUAUGCUAUUCAGUCAAGGAUUCAGGUCUGCUGAAAAAUUAGCUUGCAAGAUUGUCCCGUUCUUUAAAUUGUGCGACGAACAACUGUCCAAUCAGUCGCACUACGACUUUGGAUUACGUGCGUUGAAAUCUGUCCUGAUAUCCGCUGGUAAUGUAAAGAGAGACAGGAUACAGAGGAUCAAGGAGAAUAUGAUACAGAGAAGCGGUGAAGAUAAUAUUGAUGAAGCUUCGAUUGCUGAAAAUUUGCCGGAACAAGAAAUUCUCAUACAAUCUGUCUGCGAGACAAUGGUUCCUAAAUUAGUCGCUGAAGAUAUUCCGCUACUAUUCAGUCUCCUCAAUGAUGUGUUCCCGAGCGUCAAUUAUACGCGAGCUGAAAUGAAAGGACUCAAAGAUCAAAUAAGAAAAGUUUGCGCUGAAGAAUAUCUGGUCUGCGGUGAAGGCGACGAUGAACAAGGCGGAGCUUGGCAAGAAAAGGUACUGCAAUUGUAUCAAAUAUGUAAUUUAAAUCACGGGUUGAUGAUGGUGGGGCCAAGCGGAUCUGGUAAGACGACAGCCUGGAAAAUAUUACUUAAAGCACUAGAGCGAUUCGAAGGAAUCGAAGGCGUCGCGCACGUAAUUGACCCGAAAGCUAUAAGCAAAGAGACACUCUACGGAGUCCUGGAUCCAAAUACUCGGGAAUGGACUGACGGAUUGUUCACUCACAUCUUGCGUAAAAUAAUAGACAACGUCCGUGGCGAAAUAAAUAAACGCCAGUGGAUAAUAUUCGACGGUGACGUUGAUCCCGAGUGGGUUGAGAAUUUGAAUUCCGUGUUGGACGACAACAAGCUGCUGACUCUACCCAACGGAGAGCGAUUGAGUUUGCCGCCAAACGUCCGUGUUAUGUUCGAAGUACAGGACUUGAAGUACGCGACUCUGGCGACAGUAUCACGUUGUGGUAUGGUCUGGUUCUCCGAGGACGUUUUGUCAACAGAAAUGAUAUUCGAAAAUUACUUGUCGCGUUUGAAAAACAUUCCGCUCGAAGACAACGACGAGGACAACACUUUGAGCAAGAAAAUGGUCAGUGGAGACAAUAAAGAAGACACAAUGUCACCCGGUCUGUCAGUCCAGUGCGAAGUCGCGAGUAUUCUCCAGAGUUAUUUCGCGCCCGACGGUCUGGUUGUGCGGUGCCUCGAGUACGCGAUGAAACAGGAACACAUUAUGGACUUUACAAGAUUACGUGCACUCAGUUCACUCUUCUCGAUGCUCAAUCAAGCUGUACGCAAUGUCCUGCAGUACAAUCACGCGCAUAUUGACUUCCCGUUGCCGAGUGAGCAGUUAGAACGCUACAUGCCCAAGUGUUUGGUCUACGCGCUGCUGUGGAGCUUUGCCGGUGAUGCUAAACUGAAGGUAAGGUCUGAUCUCGGUGAUUUCAUACGAUCCAUCACCACAGUGCCGCUGCCCCAAGGCAAUAACAUACCGAUAAUAGACUUUGAAGUUAACAUUCACGGAGAAUGGUUGCCAUGGAGCAAUAAAGUUCCGCAAAUCGAAGUUGAAACCCAUAAAGUUGCGAGUCCCGACAUUGUCGUACCCACUCUUGAUACUGUGAGACACGAGAGUUUAUUGUACACAUGGUUGGCUGAACACAAACCUCUCGUCCUCUGCGGUCCUCCGGGUUCCGGUAAAACGAUGACACUAUUCUCAGCGCUCCGUGCUCUCCCGGACAUGGAAGUCGUUGGCUUAAAUUUCUCGUCAGCUACAACACCAGAGCUGCUACUAAAAACAUUUGACCACUACUGCGAGUAUCGUAAAACACCCAAUGGCGUUAUCUUGUCACCAGUGCAGUUGGGUAAAUGGCUGGUGCUAUUUUGCGAUGAAAUAAAUUUACCGGACAUGGAUAAUUAUGGUACCCAGCGAGUUAUAUCAUUCCUACGUCAGCUGGUUGAACAUCGUGGGUUCUAUCGUACGAGUGAUCAAGCCUGGGUGACUUUGGAACGCAUACAGUUUGUCGGAGCCUGCAACCCGCCUACAGAUCCUGGCAGAAAACCAUUGAGCCACAGAUUUUUACGACAUGUACCAGUUAUCUAUGUAGACUAUCCUGGCGAGACAUCAUUGAAGCAAAUCUACGGUACAUUUACUCGCGCAAUGCUGCGUCUGACUCCAUCGCUGAGGGGUUACGCCGAACCGCUGACCAACGCGAUGGUAGAAUUUUACUUGGCUUCGCAAGAGAAAUUCACUCAGGACAUGCAGCCGCACUACGUGUACUCGCCGCGUGAAAUGACGCGAUGGGUUCGCGGCAUCUGCGAAGCAAUUCGUCCACUAGACAGCCUGUCCGUUGAAGGACUGGUGCGCUUAUGGGCCCACGAAGCGCUUCGUCUGUUCCAAGACCGUCUUGUUGAAGACGCUGAACGUGCUUGGACGAACAAGAACAUUGACGUCGUCGCCACAAAACAUUUCCUGGGUGUCGACAGAGAAAAAGCGCUAUCACGUCCUAUUUUAUACAGCAACUGGCUGUCAAAAGACUACGUCCCAGUUAAUAGACAAGAACUACGUGAUUAUGUACGUGCAAGACUUAAAGUAUUUUAUGAAGAAGAGCUAGAUGUACCCCUGGUGCUAUUUGAUGAAGUACUGGAGCACGUGCUGCGAAUAGAUCGUAUCUUCCGUCAGCCGCAAGGACAUUUACUGCUAAUUGGUGUUUCUGGUGCUGGUAAAACAACUCUGUCACGUUUCGUCGCUUGGAUGAACGGUCUGUCGAUAUUCCAGAUCAAAGUACACAACAAGUACACCGGAGAAGACUUUGAUGAAGAUCUGAGACAAGUUCUGAGACGCUCGGGAUGCAAAGACGAAAAGAUUGCAUUCAUUUUGGAUGAAUCCAAUGUCCUGGAGUCUGGAUUCCUUGAACGUAUGAACACAUUGCUGGCUAAUGGUGAAGUGCCGGGUCUAUUUGAGGGUGAUGAGUACACAACGCUGAUGACUCAGUGCAAAGAAGGCGCCCAGCGCGAAGGACUGAUGCUGGAUUCCAAUGAAGAGCUUUACAAGUGGUUCACCGGCCAAGUCAUGAAGAACUUGCACGUUGUUUUCACAAUGAAUCCUAGUACAGAUGGACUUAAAGAUCGCGCUGCCACCUCACCAGCUCUCUUCAAUCGCUGUGUCCUCAACUGGUUCGGCGACUGGUCAGACAACGCGUUGUUCCAAGUCGGCAAAGAGUUCACUUCCCGUGUGGACCUCGAACGCCCAACGUGGAGAUGUCCUGACUUCUUUCCAUCAGCUUGCUCGCUAAUUCCCAAUCCACCAAAUCACCGUGAUGCCGUCAUUAACGCUUUCGUCUACGUACACCAGACUCUGCAUAAAGCAAACGCGAGACUCGCGAAACGCGGCAGCCGUACGAUGGCCAUCACUCCUCGUCACUACCUAGAUUUUAUCAAUCACUUUGUCAAACUGUAUCAAGAAAAACGCAGUGACCUAGAAGAGCAGCAGUUGCAUCUUAAUGUUGGGUUGAGUAAAAUUGCCGAGACUGUUGAGCAGGUCGAGGAAAUGCAAAAAAGCUUGGCCGUAAAAUCUCAGGAACUACAAGCUAAAAAUGAUGCAGCCAAUGCAAAAUUACGUCAAAUGGUUAAAGACCAACAGGAAGCUGAAAAGAAAAAAGUACAGAGUCAAGAAAUCCAACAGCAAUUAGCAAUUCAAACAGUUGCUAUUGACCAGAAGAGAGAAGACGUCAUGGCUGAUUUGGCGCAAGUUGAGCCAGCAGUUAUCGAUGCACAAAAUGCGGUGAAAUCAAUAAAGAAACAGCAUUUGGUUGAAGUCCGUUCGAUGGCAAACCCACCGGCAAUCGUUAAAGUUGCACUGGAAUCAAUAUGUUUAUUAUUAGGUGAAAAUGCAAGCGAUUGGAAAUCAAUUCGUGCUGUCAUCAUGCGAGACAACUUUAUCAAUACUAUUGUCUCUAAUUUCAGUACUGAGGAUAUUACGGAUGAGGUACGUGAUAAGAUGAAGAGCCGCUAUCUCAGUAAUCCUGAUUACAAUUUCGAAAAAGUUAAUCGUGCUAGUAUGGCAUGUGGUCCUAUGGUCAAGUGGGCAACCGCUCAGAUUGAGUACGCAGACAUGUUGAAGCGCGUGGAGCCUCUUCGCGAAGAGCUUUACUCACUGGAGAGACAAGCAGAGACAAACAAAGAAAAGGGAGAGGAAGUUAAGAAACUGAUAGCAGAAUUAGAACUGAGUAUCGCGUCAUACAAAGAAGAGUACGCGCAGCUGAUAUCCCAAGCCCAGGCGAUAAAAACCGACUUGGAGAACGUCCAGGGCAAGGUAGACCGUUCAAUAGCGCUGAUAAAGUCCCUGGUAAUUGAGCGCGAGAGGUGGGAAGCGACAAGUGAAACAUUCCGCAGCCAAAUGUCAACGAUUAUCGGCGACGUGUUGCUAUCUUCAGCAUUUUUAGCAUACGCUGGUUACUUUGAUCAGCAUUAUCGUCAGAAUUUAUUCACCACCUGGUGUCAACAUCUCCAGAAUGCUAAUCUACAAUUCAGACCAGACAUUGCUCGCACUGAGUAUCUGUCCAAUCCAGAUGAACGUCUGCGUUGGCAAGCUAAUGCUCUCCCCACUGACGAUCUUUGCACAGAAAACGCGAUAAUGUUGAAGCGGUUCAAUAGGUACCCGUUGAUAAUAGACCCAUCCGGACAAGCCACCGAAUUCAUAAUGAAUGAAUUCAAAGACCGCAAGAUAACUAAGACAAGUUUCUUGGACGACUCCUUCAGAAAGAACCUAGAGAGUGCGCUGCGAUUCGGUAACCCUCUGCUGGUGCAAGACGUCGAGAAUUACGAUCCGAUAUUGAACCCAGUACUGAACCGGGAGUUACGUCGCACUGGUGGCCGAGUUCUGAUAACUUUGGGCGACCAAGACAUCGAUUUGUCGCCGUCGUUUGUUAUUUUCCUUUCGACGCGCGACCCGACUGUUGAAUUUCCACCCGACAUAUGCUCACGUGUCACAUUCGUAAACUUUACUGUCACCAGAAGUUCCCUGCAGAGCCAGUGUUUGAACCAAGUCCUCAAAGCAGAGCGUCCGGAUAUCGAUGAAAAACGCUCGGACUUGUUGAAGUUGCAAGGAGAGUUCCAUCUGCGUCUGAGACAGCUCGAGAAGUCGCUGCUCCAGGCACUCAAUGAUGCUAAAGGUAAAAUACUGGACGACGACUCGGUGAUAACUACACUGGAGACCCUGAAACAAGAGGCAGCGGACAUAAGUAAGAAAGUCGAAGAAACUGAUAAAGUUAUCGGUGAAAUUGACACUGUGUCACAUCAGUAUCUACCAUUGUCACAAGCCUGCUCCAACAUUUACUUUACAAUGGAUAGUCUCAAUCAGAUUCAUUUCUUGUACCAGUACUCGCUUAAAAUGUUUUUGGAUAUAUUUACAUCUGUCCUCUCGCAGAACCCAAAACUAACUGGCAUAUCCGACUACACCCAGCGACUGUCUUUGAUAACAAGUGACCUAUUUUCUCUGUGCUACGAACGAGUCGCACGAGGAAUGCUCCACGCCGACAGAAUGACCUUCGCGUUGCUGCUUUGUCGCAUCCAUUUGAAAGGCAUCGUCAGCGAAUCUACUUACGACCCAGAGUUUACUUUCUUCUUACGCGGCAAAGAGGGCGUCAUGAAUGUACGCGGACCUUUGAUACCAAACUUGACUUCCGAACAGCAAGAAGCCAUGCUGCGUUUGAGCCUCCGUCUGCCGGCGUUCAAAAAACUCCCGCAAUUCAUUCAGGAAAACAGUGCAGAGUUCGCGACCUGGUUACAGUCACCGACUCCGGAGACCGCGGUGCCUAAAUUGUGGGAAGAAAAAUUGAUUGUCUCUGGCAAUGAUGACGACGAAGACGAUGUGAUGAAAGAACGUGGUGACAAAUUGUUGUCACCAAUAGGUAACGCAAUUCAUCAGUUGCUGGCAAUCCAAGCAUUCAGACCGGACCGUGUCAUCGCUGCGGCGGCGUUGUUCAUAAACUCAGCGCUGGGUGACAAAUUCAUGGCAGCUGCUGAAGUUGAGCUCGACUUUGCAUCAGUAGUUGAGAAUCAACUUAAAGCAGCGGUUCCAGCGUUGCUCUGUUCGGUGCCGGGUUUCGAUGCGUCGGGUCGUGUUGACGAUCUGGCUGCCGAGUUGGGCAAGCAAAUAGUGAGCAUUGCCAUCGGUUCUGCUGAAGGUUUCAACCAAGCUGAUCGCGCAAUAAAUAUGGCAGUCAAAGCCGGUCGUUGGGUCAUGCUUAAGAACGUACAUUUAGCACCGCAGUGGCUGGUGCAGCUGGAGAAAAAGUUACACAGCCUGCAGCCGCAUGCCGGCUUCAGAUUAUUCUUGACAAUGGAAAUAAAUCCCAAAGUACCAGUGAAUCUGUUGCGAGCCGGGAGGAUAUUUGUAUUCGAGCCGCCACCAGGUAUCAAGGCCAAUCUCCUGAGAACAUUUAGCACCGUGCCGGCUUCGAGAAUGAUGAAGGCACCGAACGAACGUGCGAGAUUAUACUUUUUGCUCGCUUGGUUCCAUGCUAUUGUGCAAGAACGUCUACGCUAUUCACCCCUCGGCUGGGCCAAGUACUACGAGUUCAAUGAAAGUGAUUUGCGCGUUGCCUGCGACACUCUAGACACCUGGAUAGACGCGACAGCAAUGGGUAGAACUAAUUUGCCUCCAGAAAAAGUACCCUGGGACGCACUAGUCACUCUGCUGUCUCAAUGUAUUUACGGGGGUAAAAUAGACAAUGACUUUGACCAACGUUUACUCGCUUCAUUCUUGAGAAAACUAUUCACACCUAGAUCAUUCGAAGCUGACUUCGCUUUGGUAGCCAACGUCGACGGUAGCGGAAGUGGAAACGCUGGUGUGAACCAGCAGCAACCCAGACACAUUACGAUGCCAGACGGUACUCGCCGUGACCACUUCCUCAAGUGGAUCGAGUCGUUGUCCGACAGACAGACUCCUUCAUGGCUCGGAUUACCAAAUAACGCUGAGAAAGUGCUGCUGACCACUCGCGGUACUGAUUUGGUAUCAAAGUUGUUAAAAAUGCAACAGCUUGAAGACGAAGACGAGCUCGCGUACUCAACAGACGACACCCUCGGCGGAGACACUCCUCGCGAGGCUGACGUCGAUGGCAGACCUUCUUGGAUGCGCGUGCUGUACAACUCGGCCUCCACCUGGCUCCAAUUGCUGCCCAAGAACUUGCAGACACUCAAGCGCACAGUCGAGAAUAUAAAAGAUCCUCUCUAUCGUUACUUUGAACGGGAAGUUAACAGCGGAGCCAAAUUACUCCAAGAUGUUAUCCAUGAUCUUGAAGACGUCGUUAUGAUUUGCCAAGGAGAGAAGAAACAGACCAACUAUCAUCGAACGAUGCUGUCGGAGUUGGUAAAAGGAAUUCUACCUGCUGGCUGGAGAAGGUACACAGUACCAAGAGGCUGCACUGUCAUCCAAUGGAUCACGGACUUUAGUCACCGCGUGUCCCAAUUGCAAGAGGUGUCGCGACUGGUAUCUCAAGGUGGGGCUAAAGAAAUAAAAAGCUUCCCGGUCUGGCUCGGAGGAUUAUUGAACCCCGAAGCUUACAUAACAGCUACGAGACAGUGCAUUGCUCAGGCGAACAGUUGGUCUCUUGAAGAACUCCAACUGGAUGUUACGAUCGGCGACGGUGACAACAUCGCGACGGACGACUGCUCGUUCGCGGUCACUGGACUCAAACUACAGGGUGCGCUUUGCAAAGAUAACCAGCUUUAUUUGACAUCGACCAUCAUGACCGACUUGCCUGUCACGAUGCUGAGGUGGAGCCGAUCCUCGACUGAAGAAGCGAGAAAAGGAAAAUUGUCAUUACCAGUUUAUUUGAAUAGUACGAGAACGGAGUUGCUGUUUACGGUGGACUUGAAUACUGCGGCAAACCAGGAGCCCCACAGCUUUUACGAACGCGGAGUUGCUGUACUCACCUCUACUGCUUUGAAUUAAAUUUAUUUAUUUAUUCUUUGACUGCAAUGAUUAUAAAUAUUUUUUAUCAUUUAAAAUAUCUUUUGAUAAUGCUUGAGAUUUUUUUUUAAAUUUAUAGUUGCAGGUAACGUUUCUUUUUAAUUAUUUAAAUGAAUUACAUUAAUGUUAUUUAUAAUUAAAAGUAGCAUGGAACGAAUUUAAAUAUCUAACAGUGAAUUAAAAGCAAAACAUUCUAUAUAUAAAUAUAUUAUUUAAUAAAUGAAUAAAUAAAAAUGAAUAUACUUAUUAAAAUAUCAUGAAAUAUUGUAUGUAAGAGAUAUUAAUGAUAAUGAGAUUGUAAGACGGAAAUUUUUUAAAUUUAAAAUAAAGUGAAUAUGUAAUUCUUGAUAUUUGAU